AUGCAGAUCUUCGUGAAGACCCUGACGGGGAAGACGAUCACCCUUGAGGUGGAGUCUUCCGACACCAUCGACAAUGUCAAGGCUAAGAUCCAGGACAAGGAAGGAAUCCCGCCGGACCAGCAGCGUCUGAUUUUCGCCGGCAAGCAGCUCGAGGACGGCCGGACUCUCGCGGAUUACAACAUCCAGAAGGAAUCCACUCUCCACCUCGUCCUCCGCCUCCGUGGUGGCGCUAAGAAGCGUAAGAAGAAGACCUACACCAAGCCUAAGAAGAUCAAGCACAAGCACAAGAAGGUUAAGCUCGCCGUGCUCCAGUUCUACAAGGUUGAUGACUCCGGCAAGGUCCAGAGGUUGAGGAAGGAGUGUCCUAAUUCUGAGUGUGGCGCCGGAACUUUCAUGGCUAAUCAUUUCGACAGGCACUAUUGCGGCAAGUGUGGUCUUACUUAUGUUUACCAGAAGGGCGGUGAUUGAUUGAUUUUCAUUAUUCAAUUAAGAGCUGGCCAAAUUUGAUUUUGUUAUAUUACUCUCGUAGUACCUUUCUACUUAAUUAUUACUGGAGGCUUGACUCAACUAUGUAGAAUUCUUCAGAAUUUUUGCGAAUUUUCGUAAUGAGUAUGCCUGGAUGGUUUUCCAUUUCGUGUUCCUGUUGUGGUCUUCUGGUUUUUGGUAGUCAAUAUCUUCGGUUACUACUGAUUUUUCCCUCUGUUGCAUGUUUGUAUCCUUGAAUUAUGGUGGUGUUUAGUUUUGUUGUUUGAUUUGGUUAUUUGAUUAGGUUUGCACAUGUCCUAUAUUUUGUAAAAUGUAUGUUAGAUUGGUUUGAUUUGCAGCUGUUACUUGACACCAACCGCUCUUAAAUCCAUUGAUAUUCUUCUGGUAGGAUUCGGUUAAUGACAGAGUUUGUAUAGUUUCGGUUCAUUUGAUGUUUGUUUGUCUGAAUUUAAUUCAUAAUAAUAUUGUUCUGACCAGGUCUUUGUUGUCAAUAGGUUAUAGAUCCG